AUGUGUAUAGACGAACUCCAGGAAAAAGCGAGGCUAUACAACGAGACGGGAGUUGUUCCGGUUCUUGACGUACAAGUGCGCAUUGCCCGAUCAGACAGGGUCAUUUCAUCAGACAUGAAGAGCACUUUCCAAGAGGCCGUUGGCAACAUUGAACGAACCCUUUCUCGCAAAACCGACAGGGGCUCAGGCAAGAAAAAUAGCCUCGCAGAAGCUAACGGCUCUACAUGCAAGAAACAGGACAACGUGAUCAACGUAAUUGACCCAACAAUGUACCCGCUCGUUUUUGGUCGCUCUCGGGUGCUACCCACCCACGAAAUCGAUCUUCAUAACUGUCUUAGCCAUAUCUCCCAGGGAAUCACAAUAAAAAUACCGGGCCAGAAAGAGACACAGAAGUAUGUUGACGGCAUCUAUCAUACGUUGUUCUCAAGUCAGUCUCAGUGGCUUCCCUGCAAUAUUGAGUUCCCGGACGGCAUCAACGCAAAGAUCACUAGCUACAUCAACAAUCUACACCCCAGGGAACACAGAGCCGUCUACUCUGUUUUGGAAAACAUCAUCACGCAAAUAAUGCCCAUGUGGAAUAUGGUGUACUCCUCUGUCUACGACCACACCAUGCGCUGCGACUUGCGCAUCGAUUGUACUGAAGCAGGUUGGAAAUACCCCAAUACACCUCCCUACGACCCGCUCAAUAUCAGGGAUGACUUGAUGAACGGUGUCAUUGAUAAUGAUGAGUGGCAACGAAGGACAGAUGAGUGGCUUCGUGAUUUUAGGGUUGUUGACAGACCUGAGCCACAGGUGAAGGAAGAUCGAGCUUUCCACCGAUCAAGUCAUGAACAUAACAACUCUGUUACACCUCAGGGGAUUGCGAACUUUACUGGCAUGUUAAGCAAGGCGGGCGGCAUUCAGAUCGUUGUCAAGAUUAGAGCAAUGUACCCGACUCCUGAGGACCCUAUCUGCGAUUUGCAGAAUGAGUUUGGUCUAGACGGCGCACUGAACGAGCACAUCGUGGCUACUGCAGUCUACUUUUUCGAAGAUGAGAAUGUUACAGACUCGGAUGUAUCCUUUCAGACGCGAUUUCAGGGUUUGAACUUUGAGGAAGACUGCACCUUUGUGGUAGGAGAUCUGAGGCCCCUCGAUGAGAUCUUUGGGCUCAGGCAUAAGACUCCGUCGCUGCAGAAGAUUGGAUCCGCAACAAUGCGGGAGGGUUUGGUAUUGGUAUAUCCCAACGUUAUGCAACAGAAGGAGUCUGCCUUCCAGCUGAAAGAUCCGACUCAGCCAGGGCACAGGAAAGUUUUGACUCUUUACUUGGUUGACCCACGAGUUAAAAUUCUGUCGACAGCGAAUGUGCCUCCGCAACAAGCUGAUUGGUGGGCUGCAGAGUUCACAUCGAGGGAGGGACAAAUGAAGGGCCUACCGAAGGAGGUAGGCAGGAGUGGCAUGCCGUAUAAUAACUACAACAAGCGGCGGGGAUAUGCCAUACGAGAACUACACAACACCCAGAGUCCAGGGGAGCAGGUUCCUGCUUGCGAAGAUGCAGUCCAUGAUGGCCACAAAGUUCUGCCCCAAGUCCUAGAGUGGCACACCUAUCUACGAAACUCAUCGCGCAGAGCGGACACGAUAUCCUGUGCUGUACUGGACCUAGUUGACCAGUACAUGCUUGUUGAAGACCCGAAAAGGCGAUUUCCGUCCACAGCACUCUGCAAAGAACUGGACCGGAUUGUUUCUGAGGCAGAGAGCACAUAUCGGUUAGAAGUAGAGCGCGGAACGUUGAAGAAGGAGUCAGAGGAAACACUGAAAGCCCUGUUAAAGCUCGACAAUCUUGCUCCAUCUAUUGCAGCUCCAUUCUCACAAUUUUCUGCCGACAGCAAGAGGGCCAAUGAUCCCAAACUCUCUUCACCGACGCCAUCUCUGCGUAAUCGAUCCUCUUCUGCAGUUCGAAGUCAUCGCGUUAGGAAGUCUGUGCGAUUCGAAAAGAUAGUCAGUGGAAAAACUGUUAACCGCGAGGAAGUGAUCAAGACCGGUCUGGGAAUAUCAUCGUUAGCCGAGGAACCAGAAGAUAUCGACAGCUCAUCUCAAGGACCCGGCCCGCCACUGCCAGGGGUGUCCAUCCGACCGCCAACGCCGGAGGACUCCAACUUCAACCCUUCUCCUGAACCAGAAGAUCCAGUUGAUAUAGAGGGUGGCGCGACGUCGUCCAAGGCGCCCUCUUGCCAUGAGAUUGCUAUAGUGCAGGAGUAUCAUAGGCGCUCCCAAUCUUGGGCAGAGAACCAAGGUGUCUGGGCUUCCAUCAUCUUCGUUGUUGACAACGCUGCUACUAUGAAAAGUCAUUGGGAAGACGUCAAGAUAACGGUUCUGACGUUGGCGAUGAUGAUUGGCACUUUGGACAAGAAUGGAUUGGGCCUAGUAUUUACAUUGGGAUCCGACAACAACGUCUUCGAAGCGAAAGGUAGAAAGAUGCCGUCAAAGUUUCCACAGUCUCUCAGCAAUGCGUACCAAAACAUCGACGACCGUAGUAGAACCGACAUGGCGACGACUCUUGCUCGAAGAUUCGACGCCUACAAAAACUACAGCAAGAUGCAAACACUUCUAAUUCUUACCGAUGGUCUAUGGGAGGGGUCGAAUUUGACUGACAAUGUCGUGCAUCUAAUCACCCAGUUCGUCGAAGGGCUGAAGAAGAAAGUGGGAAAGCGCGAGCGUCGAUGGUUCAGUAUUCAAUUCAUCUCCUUUGGAAAGAGCAAAGCAGCCCUAGAGCGUCUAAGAAAACUAGACGACGAGCUUAAGACAGUAGAAGACGUUGUGGACACGAAACCUUGA